AUGGCGCUGAGGGCGCUGAGGGGCGGCCCCGCUCUCCCGCCAGCGCCCGCCGGGUCCUCCGGGAGCCGCAGGCCGAGGGCGGCGCUCUGGCCCCGCCGCCGCCAUCUCGGUGUCGAUGGUGGCGGGGGCGGGGCGGCCCCGCCCAGCGCUGCCGCGAAGCGAGGAGGAAAUGGCGGCGCGGCGCGGCUGAGACCCUCGGCGGCCGCGGCCAGAGCCCCGUUCCCUGCCCGCGGUGAGUGCGGAAGGCGGGCGGGGGAGUAUCGGUGCAGGAGGAGAGCGGGAGCGGGGCCAUCGCUGCGGCGGGGAGGUCGCGGGAAAGGCGGCCCGGCCGUCUUUGGGCUCGCUAUAAAAUGGAGGCGGGCGGGCGGGCGGCCGGAGCGGCUCGGGUGUGUGUGUGUGGCGGGUUCCCCGGGGAGCAGCGGGGUGCGGACACGGCCUGGUCCGGCCCGGUCUGGAGGAGGCGGCGGCUCCGUCCGGGRCCCCGGAGGAAGGCUUUGGUUCACGCCGCGGUGGGGACGGAGCGGAGCGGCCGCUCCCGGGCGGAGCGGGCUGAAGGCGGCUCCUCCAUCUUGGGGGGAAGGCGCGGCGAGGAGAGGCCGGGUGUGCUCGGAGCCCGGCGCCGUCACGGCCAAGCUGACAACGGGAAACCGCUUCGUGACGGCACCACCGACUGUUCCCACCGUGCCCGGGCCCGCAUCGGGGGUGGCUGGGGCGGGGGAGCGCCCUUGGGGACCCAGAAACGCAACCGAGCCCGAGCGAAACCAUUCCGGGGCUUCGGCGGGUGGGACUCAAACUUCCCUGCCUUGGGGAGAUGUUGAUUUUCUCUGAGCAAAGGAGGAGAUCUUCUUGGUGAGUUAA